CGCGCCCGCCAUGGACGUCCGCCUGUACCCUUCGGCGCCCGCGGUGGGCGCGCGGCCCGGGCCCGAGCCGGCCGGCCUGGCGCACCUGGACUACUAUCCCUGCGGCAAGUUUGAUGGUGACAGUGCCUACGUGGGGAUGAGUGAUGGAAACCCAGAGCUCCUGUCAACUGGCCAGACCUACAACAGCCAGAGUGAGAGCAACGAAGACUAUGAGAUCCCCCCGAUAACGCCUCCCAACCUCCCGGAGCCACCCCUCUUGCACCUGGGGGACCACGAAGCCAGCUACCACUCACUGUGUCACGGCCUUGCGCCCAACGGUCUGCUCCCUGCCUACCCCUACCAAGCCAUGGAUCUCCCAGCCAUCAUGGUGUCCAACAUGCUGGCCCAGGAUGGCCAUCUACUGUCGAGCCAGCUGCCCACGAUAUCUGGAGAGAAGAGACCUUCAGGAGACCCAGGAAAAAAGGCCAAGAACCCGAAGAAGAAGAAGAAGAAGGACCCCAAUGAGCCGCAGAAGCCUGUGUCAGCCUACGCGCUCUUCUUCAGAGACACUCAGGCCGCCAUCAAGGGGCAGAACCCCAGUGCCACCUUCGGGGAUGUUUCCAAAAUCGUGGCCUCCAUGUGGGACAGCCUGGGAGAAGAGCAGAAGCAGGCCUACAAGAGGAAGACUGAAGCGGCCAAGAAGGAGUAUCUGAAAGCUCUGGCAGCCUACAGAGCUAGCCUGGUCUCCAAGAGCCCUCCAGACCAAGGCGAGACCAAGAGCACACAGGCGAAUCCGCCGGCCAAGAUGCUGCCGCCCAAGCAGCCCAUGUACGCCAUGCCCGGCCUGGCCUCCUUCCUGACGCCCUCUGACCUGCAGGCCUUCCGCAGUGGGGCCUCCCCGGCCAGCCUCGCCCGGACGCUGGGCUCCAAGUCGCUCCUGCCAGGCCUCAGUGCAUCCCCGCCACCACCACCCUCCUUCCCGCUCAGCCCCCCACUGCACCAGCAGCUGCCGCUGCCCCCCCACGCACAGGGCGCCCUCCUCCGCCCGCCUGUCAGCAUGUCCCCGGCCCCCCAGCCUGCUGUCCUGCCCGCCCCCAUGGCGCUGCAGGUGCAGCUGGCGAUGAGCCCCUCACCUCCAGGCCCACAGGACUUCCCCCACAUCUCUGAGUUCGCCAGCAGCUCCGGCUCCCGCUCCCCUGGCCCACCCAACCCCACAGGCAGCGGGGACUGGGACAGCAGCUACCCCAGCGGGGAGUGUGGCGUCAGCACCUGCAGCCUGCUUCCUAGGGACAAAUCGCUCUACCUCACCUAAGCCACCUCCCCUCUGCUCCCUGAGCCUCACUGGAUGGGCGCCGCUCAAAGCCUGAAGGGCUGACCGCAGGAGAGAGGCCAUGACAAGAUGCAGGGUGACCGGCCAGUGAGACAGUCACGCAUCAACAGCGCAGGGCUGAGUGUCGCCCUCGACCUCCCACCAGACUCUUCAGAGGCAGCCCAGUGCCCACUGCCAGCCCAAAGAACCUGCAGGAAUCCUCUGCCCGCUCGCCUGCUUGCUCCAGGGUAGCUACGGACCCUGCUCAUCGCCUACGCAAAACUCCCUCUGGACGUCGGGCCCGGCUCGCCCUGGAGGGGUCGUUUCCCGACAGAAACCCACCCCAGCUGCUUGGCCAGGGCUUGCAAAUACAGUUUUUCAGUGUGCACACAAGAUUCCGCGUAACCUACAAACUGUGGGCGCCAUGUAAAUAGUUGACUACGUGUUUUAGAACUGUGCUGAAGACAUGUGUAAGAUUAUUAUUUUGUGGUGGGGGAAAAGUAGUUUCCUUUCAGGUAAAAGCAUUUUAUAUGACCCUUAGCACAUUUUUUUUUUAAGUUUUAUCUUAAGGGAAGCGUGCACAAGCAGCUGGCAGACCGCUUCUUCUACGCAGUGAGAACCGGACAGUUUACGGCCACACUCAAGAAGUGUUGCUCUUUAUUAUUAUUAUUAUUUUUUGAAACCAUGGUGUCCAUCUAUUUAAAAUUGCCAACCAUGAUUUUUGUCUAUUUAUGAACAGAACUUGAGACCAGAGCUCAGUUUAUCCUAACGUGUGCGUGGUUUGGGGUUUGGUUCUUGACGUCGUCUGCAGCUGUUCCCAGGCCCAGCAAUUGUCCGUCUUGGUGCCCAGUGCUUCUCUCAGAUCUCUUUAUAAUAAAAUGU